AUGUCAAACCCUGUAUUCGGUAAAGCUCUUCGCAAGGACUUUUGCUUCGAGCCUGGAUACAUUCCUCUUGGUCAUGGCUCUUUUGGUGCUAUCCCCAAUGUCGUCAAGCAAAAAUUGAGAGAGUAUCAAGACAACUCUGAAGCCCAUCCUGAUCGUUGGAACCGCUUUGAGAUGAUUCCUGUCAUUGAAAGGAACCUGGUGCUUUUAUCUAAACUUAUGAACUGUGAUUCCCAAGAUAUCAACUUUGUGUCGAAUUCCUCUGAAGCUGCCAGUGUCAUUUUGAGAAGUUACCCAUUCAAAGCAGGCGAUAAGGUCCUUCAUUAUCAAACUGCUUAUGUCAAUGUUAACAAGGCUUUGGAGUUUAUCAGAGAUCAGUAUGGUGUUCAACUGAUCACAGUCGAGUUGAACUACCCCAUGGAAGAUGAAGAGAUUUUGGAGUUGACAAAGCAAGUGAUUGACAGAGAGCAUGCCAAAUCAGACGAAUCCAAGAUCAAAUUAGCUGUCAUCGAUGCCAUUUCAGCUGCUCCUGCUGUCCUUUUCCCUUACAGAGAGAUCACCAAAUUGGUUCAAGAAAACGACAUUUUGGCCAUGAUUGACGGUGCUCACACCAUUGGUCAAAUUGAACUAGAUCUUCAAUCAUUUGACCCUGAUUUCUUCUUUUCCAACUGUCAUAAAUGGCUCUUUGUUCCUCGUGGGAGCUGUGUAUUGUACGUGGCAAAGCGCAAUCAAGGCUACAUUCAUCCUACUACUCUCACAUUCGCCUACAAGCAUCAUCCUGACGGCUUUGAUACCUCUACGUUCAAACUAGAAUUUAUUCCACCUACGAUUGAUACCUCCAACUACAUGUGCGUAGAAGAAGCUCUCAAGUACCGUGAAUCUCUUGGUGGUGAGGAAGCCAUUCGUGAAUAUACGCAUAGAAUUGCAGUUGAGGGUGGAGCUUUGGUAGCUAAAAUGUUGGGCACACAGGUUCUGGAGAACAGUGCAAAGACAUUAACUGCUAGCAUGGUCAGCAUUGAACUGCCUCCUUUCAAGACAGCAUUGCAAGACAGCGAGAUCGGGCCCUUCAUCAUGAAGAAACUUAUCUACGAGCACAACACCAUGGCCCCUACUUACAAAAACAAUGGCAAAUGGUAUACUCGACUUUGCGGACAAGUCUAUGUGGAUUUGGAUGAUUUUGAGCAUGCUGGUAAAGCUCUGUUGGUCAUUUUAGAUGAAUUAAACAAGCAAUAA